GCCCACAAUGUAUUGCAGAGCAUUUCCUCAUUUGCUCUAAGUUUACUGACAUAGGUCAUGUAGCAGCAGUAGCAGCAGCAGCAGCAUGGAUACUGAGUGACUGCUUGAUAUGGAGCCUUUUGUCUAGCAAUAGUUCACCACUAAAGGCAAACAUGGACAGCGUUGAUGUAAAGGGUCUGAGGGCCAGGUUCAACAACCCGAGCACCUCGGACACCAGCAGCAGGGACAGCGGCUCACCGAAAUCUCCACGACCUGGGUUUGUGAGGGCAAUCCUGCCCUUAACAGAAAGCGACCUGGCUCACAGACUCUCACCCACGGUUCCUCCUCCUAUGGCUGGCCCAGGACUGGUGAGGUUCCCCAGGGCAGAGCCUCAUUUGACCCCCACCCCCCCCAGACCUCCUUCUUUCCCUCGACCGCCACCCAGCUCUGGAGUUAGACCACCGUUUCAGCCGCCACCAGACACCAGCAAAGUCAAGCAGACGGGGGAGAUGCUACAGAACAUUAUGCUGAGGCACCAGAGGCCUCCUGGGAUCAAACCAGUUCCAGGUCCAACUCUGGCUCCAGCUCAGACUGCUGCUCCAUCUCCCUCUAGCCCUAAUCCCCUACGACUGCAGUCCAGACAAAAGAGCGCAGGGGAUGUGGUGCCUCUGAGGAAGCCGCUGCCCGCUGUGGGACCCCUGCCUUUGAAACCCAAACGUCCUCCCAAUGUCAAUUUGGAGCCUUUUCUGAGGAGGAGAAACCACGUUGUAUCAGCAGCUGUACCCCAACCAGCAAACAGAAGGAUGUCUUCGCCAGCGACGAUUAACCCUCCGCAACCUCCGCAACCUCCACAACCUCCGCAACGACACAACAAACCCAGCAGACUGCCGCGACAAAUCGCCUCCGUGGAUAUUGAUGAUGACGACCAGGAAACCUACGAUGAUAUCGCAAGCUUUGAUCACACCGAGUCCUGCAGUGAAAACAGCUCACAGUGUAUGGAUGGGGACGACGAUGAUGUGUAUGAGUUUAUAGACGAGGAUGCCAUAGAGGGGAAUCGCCUUACUGCCGAGAAGGCAAACAAGAAAGAUCUAAAAAAGCAGCAGGAACAGGAGAAGAAAGAACGCGCGGCGCUUCAGAAAAAGCAGAAUGAGUUGAAGAAGAAUUUUCAAUUGCAAGGCGAGAUAGAGGUUCUUCACACAGCCAAAGUCCGACAUGACUGGCAUGGGGAAACGAAACUGGAUCUCAGUGUUCGACAAGGAGAAAGUGUGGAGAUCCUCCGUGUGAAGAAUAACCCGGGAGGAAAGUGGCUGGCCCGCUCCCUGAAUGGAGUCUAUGGAUACAUCAGCAACACUUGCGUGGAUAUCGACUAUGAGGCCGUGAAGCGCAAAGCACUUGAGUCUAAGAAAUUUACAACGUCAGUGUUACCUCCCCCACCUCCAGACCCCCCAACGCUGAUAAAUAUUGAGUCCAACAACAGAGACAGCAUGAAUGAAGAUGAGGAUGAUUACGAUGAUGUUGAAUUCCCGCCUCCACCAGUUGAAAUCAGCAUCGACCCCAAAGUUGAGAAGGAGAUAAGAAAAAAAUUUAAGUACGACGGGCCGCUCAAGGUGCAACAUACCAUGAUGGUGGAUCCUAACUGCAUCAUAAAGAAACCAGGAGGAAAAGAUCUGCAUGUGACUCAGGGAGAGGUCGUGGACGUCAUCCAGUUCAUCGGCACCAAAAAAGCUCUGUGUCGCAACAGUCAUGGAAAAUAUGGUUUUGUGAGCAAAUCUAUUCUUCUUCAAAUGGAGGGAGAUAUCUACGACGAUGUCGACUAUCCGAGUGAUGUUUACGACAAUGACUCUCCACACUGAUUACCGAAUCAUUUCAAACUAAAUACACACACACACACACCCUGGCAAACUGCAAAUAAUAAUAAUAAUAAUAAUCAAACUACCUUUAAACGUAAGCUAUAUAAACUAGGACUCAAACUGGACGCAAUAAACUGAAAAUGAAGUUCAGAUGUAGAACGAUCUGUAGAUAACUCACCAGAGGUUAUGUAGAUUUUUUUUGUUUUGCCCUUUUCAGAUGUGAAAAAACUUCAUUUGUGUCUUGCACCCCAACAAACAAACAAACAAACAAACAAACUUACAAACAAACUAACUAACCAACAAACUAACUAAGGCUGUGUAAAAUCUCAAACUAAAUGCCGAUGCACAGGCAAAACCAAGUGUCAGAGGAGAUUGUAUUUGUUUCCUGAAUACUUACCCUGAAACUGAAGUCUUAAACAGAAAUGUAGUGAUUUUCUUUUUGUAAACAAAUGUAUGUGCACGCACACACGCACACACACACACACACACACACACACACACACACACACACACACACACACACACACACACACACACAUACAGAUGAGCAGAUAAGGUUUGAUGCUGAGAAUCACAAACUUGUCAUUUUUGCAUUGUUUGUCAAACUGCUUGUAUAGAAAAUGAACACACUAUUUCUGUUGCUUUGUGUACUUCUCAGCUCCUGAGAUAAUUUAAAAAAAUAAAUACAUUUUUCUUUUUUCUCA